AUGUCUCCAGCAGUUACCAAACUCAGUGCUACUCAGGCAUUGGCUCAUUUGAAGGAGUAUGAGGAGCUCGACGGAUUGGAUGUUCGUACUUUGAUGGAUCCUAAUAUCCGUGGAGGUCUUACCUACAAUGAUUUCUUGCUUUUGCCUGGUAAGAUUGAUUUCCCUUCGAGCAUUGUUAACUUAGAGUCUAAGAUCUCGAGAAACAUUUCUCUCAAGUUGCCAUUGGUUUCUUCUCCUAUGGACACUGUGACCGAGUCGGAGAUGGCUAUUCAUAUGGCUCUUCUCGGUGGUAUUGGUAUUAUCCACCAUAACUGUACUCCUGACGAGCAGGCUGCUAUGGUCCGCAAGGUCAAGAAGUACGAGAACGGAUUCAUUUCUGAUCCGGUUGUUGUUGCUCCUACCAAGACUGUUGGUGAGGUCCGUGCUUUGAAGGAGUCUCUUGGAUUUGCUGGUUUCCCAGUUACUGGUAAGUGCAUUUUUCAGUUGGUUGAUCUGAGUGGGUCUGAUCUGAUCUGA